UUCGUAUGGUUUCAAUGUACGCAAGGUUAAUGAACUCCAUAGAACUGAUGAAACCCUAUGUACUUAACCUCCCUUAAAUUACGUUUUUUUCUUUAUUCAGAAAAUGAAUGAAAUAAAUAAGUUGUUAUAAAUGGCUCUGAUUAAAACUAAAUUUAGUGAGGUGCCUUUGGACGCAAUAAUUUUAACUGAAAAUGAUGCCUUCAAGUACGAAACUGAAAUCUUACAAAAUUGGGAAAAAGGAAACGAUGUGUGGGCGUACCGUUAUGGAAAAUUUGUAUUAGCUGCAAUAAGUGGUUUCGUAGGAGGUUACUUAAACAGUCAUUAUAGACUAAAAGUAAGGUUAUUUUCAUAUGGUCGAAUUGCAAGCUAUCUCUCAACUAUCACAAUUCCUUCUGUUACGUGUCUGUUCUUCCAUGAUCAGUUUGUGCUAAGGGGGGUUGUUCUACAAAAUGAGUGCCCAGUCUGUUUGCAAUUGAGAGCAGCAGCAUUUCAAACUUUUGCAGGCGUAGUUGCACCAAGUUUGUUAGCUCCAUUUGCGUCUUUUUCCCUUGCAUUGCGAUAUGGUACUUAUGAUGUUCCUUAUGUGACCAAAGAGCCAUUAAAAGCAUUCAAGUUUUGGCAAUCAAAAACUAGACCUAUUGGCAACAUUUUGUUUGCAAUUUUCUUAGGACAAGCUCUUGCAGGUGCCCUUGUGACCCAUUUAGAGGCGCGCUCAGUGUUUAACGUAAAUAAUGAACUUUUAAAGUUGGAUAAAUCGUUAAAUAACACCUAAUAAAAAAGUAAUACUAACUGUUACCUUAUUAGAUAGUGUUCAUAUUAGUUGUAAGAAAUGAAAACAAACGAUAUUAAAACUUUUUAAAAAAUGUAUUUUUAUUAUUCAACCUUUAAACCCAACUAGAAUGCACACGACUUAUCUCUAACAAUGUUUAAAUCGUGAUUACUGUUUAAGUUAGGAUGAUAAAUUAUUACUAGAUGUUGUGUCUCUUCAAUAGUGAAAAUGGCAUGUUGUUUUAUUUCUUUUGUAUAUCCAGCAUCUUAAAAUAGGCACGGUUUUUAACGCGAAUGGACAAGCGCUUUUCUAUUAACCCCUACUUAAAGGUACCGCUAAUUACUUACAUAGUAGCGUGCUGGAUAUUGCACUAAUGGCGUUUUAAGCCCUGUAUACCUGAGUGAGAGGCACAUGGACAUUUUGCCCAGUGCCUAAAAAGGAAAUAAAAUAAAAAAACUACAUUUAUAUUAUAGCCGCCAUGGGACACCUGGCAGAAAUGAAACAUUAGUACAGAUCUUUAUUGGAGGAAGUUAAAAUGAAAAUAAACAAGUCGAUACUCUUAUUUAACGCCACACUUGAGUCGGCCUUCCCUGAGUAGUUUCAGCGGCUGGGUAAAAAGAACCGACGAGUUACGAGGUUGGCCGAAUGAAGUGUCGUUCAGUGCAAGAGUGUCGCCCUGUCUUGCUACGCGUGAAUCGGUUUUCUUACCUCCUGGACACGUCAAAGACGUCUUACAUCAAUAAAUUUGGGUUUCCAAACUAUUAGUUUGUAAAUGCCAACUCUAUUUAUAUUUUUAAUCUAAUUUAGAAUGAUUUUUUCUACUUUUUUAGCUACUGGCAAAAUGUCCCCUUAAACCUGAUUUUGAGACACUCCUGUUGUUAGACAACCUAGACUCUAUUGAGUUAUACCAAAUUAACAACUUCGAUUUUCAUCGACUUUUAAUAACUAGUGCUGGCAUGGAACGGUUGCUGCCCUCAUCCGAAUCACAGUAUCUUAAACGGAUAGCAAAAUCAUAUGCUUACUAAGUCUGAUUUCUUUUCAUUUAUUUUUUAUUUUUUCUUAUUUUAUUUUUGAUGGAUGAAGCAACAACGAGAUCAAAAGUACAUCGAAUAAUCAAAUUAUUACUACCACGAAGCUAAAAUGGCAGUGAUUUUUAUUUUUCUUUUCCAUCAUUAAGUUUAAUUCGCACCACGACAAUAACGUUAUAAAAAUGUUUUCCUUUACUACAAAAUGGAAAGUUAUUCGGUUGAUUCCCAAAAAAAAAAAUACAAUUUGCCUUCAAUAGAAAGUGGAAGCUUUACAUUUAAUUAAAAUCGUUCAAUUUUUAAAUGUUUUAAGUACAUGAUCACACGAAGAAUCGGGAUUAUGGGAUGUCUAAUAAUAUUAGUUUUUAUGCCACCACUAAUUUUACAUUAUUAACAAUAAUUAUAUUUCCCGACAUGCCCUUACAUUAAGACAGCAAUUCAAUAUUAACAUUAAUUAGCACGUAAAUUUAACUGAAAUU